AUGGCUUCAGUCCCAAGCAAAGAGCUUGUGGUGGCGCGAUACAAGCUCACAAGUGAGAAGAUUGCUGACAACGACUCUAGCAACGUCAAAGCCUGGCUUACGAAAAACACGACUCACAACAUUCCUUGGGUUCUCCGAGUUCUUCCUGACUACGUUUCAGUUCUCAGAAACCAAUUUCCCGGAUAUCUAGACAUCAUCCAGCAAUCUCGCAACACUGGCUGCGUGAAUGGCACCGCCUUACUUUCAAUUACACAAAAAGUCUCGACCGUGGGUGGAGAUGAGCGCCCGGAGCAACUUUACCGAACAAUUCAUGGUGGGCAACCUCACCAGGGCAUCAAGUCUCGUCUGGGACGGGGAAGCGACCCAAUCUUCCUCCACAUUCACUUGCGAAAGCAUCUACGCGGGAACUGUCGUGAACCGAGUCCCUUCCUCUCAGCUACCAACAGUCGUGCAAAAGCUGUGGAAUUCGCUGUCGCAUAUGAGGACCGAGGAUUUUCUAACAUUACGAUCCUGUUAUUCGAGACCACUAGCGCAGACUGGAACCACAACACGCAGAGACUGUGGGAUUCGAAAGCCUUGCUUCGCCGAUUGAACAAGAAAAAAGAGGCUGGUGUCUGUUUCGAGAAGGAGUUCCUUGUUGAGCACUCUAUCCCGGAAACUAGCAUCCAACGAAGAUACAACUGGCCAAGUGAGAAGGCCAAAAUCGACCCUAACGGCUUCAUGGAGAAGCGUGCUCGCAAAGCCCUGGAGAGUAAGAAGGAGAGCAUUGAGGAGGCCAAGGAGGCAAAAGCUUCCCAGAAACGCAAGAACUACGACGACGAGAAUGGAGACAAUGCUGAAGAGUUGGUUGGUGGGGGUGUAUCGAAGCCCCGGCAGAAGAAGAGAAAGCAGGGCGUAAGGGUCAUCGUUGGUCCCAAGCUGAGACGCGAUGGAGGUGCUUGA